GCUGCCAGCUGAAUUAGUUGGAAAGAAGUGAUAUUGUUCUUGAAAAUUCUAGGUCUUUCCUAUCGAAUUGCUGUUUUUAUGUAAGAUGAUUUUAUAAAGAUAUUGAUCAUCAUGGCUGACUCUAGUACCAUUACACGUUCCAAGAAAAAGAAGUCUUCUCACAAAUCUAAGAAAAAGAACGAAACCCCAACAAAGGAGUUAUCUCCCCUUCCACCUCCAGAAACAGGAAAUGAACCACCCAAAGCAGAUACACCAACUAGAUCCACCAAUUCACCAGAUCCCAAUUGUGCCAUCUGCCUUGGUAAACUAGAGAACAAAUCUUUCACAGAUAGCUGUUUUCACAUGUUCUGUUUUGUGUGUUUAUUAGAAUGGUCCAAAGUUAAAAAUGAAUGUCCACUUUGUAAACAAUCGUUUAAGAGUAUUAUUCAUAAUGUGAGAUCCUAUGAAGACUAUGACCAAUAUCAUUUGUCCAUGUAUAGGAGUAAUCAUUCUCCAGAACAUCCAUAUAGUCGAAGUUUCAGAUACAGAACGACUUUGACUGAAGAUCGGGUACUUAAUCUCAGGAGCAGGGUUAUUGGGAACCCAGUAACAGAUCCAGAAACUGUGUUACAACUCCAAGCUAUUGGAGCUUCUCCCCAUGUCCUUCGUGCGACAGACUUUAAUGCCAGACAGGAUUGGAAUAGAAGACGCCAAGCUUCAACUUCGGACUUUCGUAGACGAAUUUAUACCAAUGGUAUGCGCUUAUCUGGGGUUAGGGGAACAAAUGGUCGAGUAAGGGACAUAAGUCCUGCCUUCUUCACAGCUAAUCCUGCCUUGACACAUCGUCUAGUACCUUGGCUGAAUCGGGAACUUAAUGCUCUUCUGUUUAACCAGGAAUCACACGUUCAGUUUGUUUUAGAGCUAAUAAUGGGUCUCAUUAAAAGAUUUGAAAUUAACAGCGAAGACUUUUACCAACACAUCUCCCCAUUUAUUGGAAGACACACCAGACAUUUUGUGCAUGAAUUUCAAAUGUUUGCCAUGUCUCCAUAUUGUAUGACUAUUCACGAUAAGAAGGCGAUAUAUCAACAACAAACUGAGUCUGUGUCCUCUGAUACUGAUACUGUUAAUUCUAUUAGUGAUGAGGAUAGUGAUGUUCAGAUUGUUUCAACAGAGGCAGCCCCAUCUGUACCUUCAAGAGAAUUUUUAAACCUACCCGAUAUUAGUGCUGAAGUUCAGGUCAGAAGUUCUAAUUUCAGUUUUUGGGGAGGUCCAAGUUAUCUGUCAACAUCCUCCUGGCAUUCUCCAACUCCUGGACCCUCCUGGCAGUUUGAACAAAUUCCUCCACCGCAACCGGUUAGAAAUUUUAUUCCUGCUUUAGGUCGAUCUGUUGGUUUAACCGAAACUGAAAUUGAUUCAAGUAGUGACUCUGCUAGUAGUGCAGGAAGUGCCAUCGUGUUUGUAGCAUAUGAUAAACCUUGGGAGGAACGUUCUCCCAUAAGUCUUUCAACUGACUCAGAAAGUGAAGUACUAAUAGCAAAUAAAACAUCAAAGAAAAAAGAAAGCAAAUCUAAAAAACAAAAGUCCAAAAAGUCACAUAGGACAAAAGAUAAGUCUUCUGAGGCAACAUCAGUAGCAGCAACUGAUACUCCUGCAGAUCAACAGACUGAAAAACCAGUUGAAACACCAGCUGAUGCGUCUGAAAGACCUUCCGAGGAACCCUCUACUUCCCUUGGAAAUUCAGAUGUUCACAGGAAAAAAUCAAAGCAUAAAUCGAAGUCUUAUAGGGAUUCCCAUUACUCUAAAAGAAUUAACAUUCUGUUUCACAGAAGAUCAACAUCCCCGGAGAUAUCAGAUAGUGGGCGUAAAAAAGAAACAGUAUCUUAUUCAUCAGAAUUGGUUAAUUCUCCUCACUCAUCAUUAAGCUCAAAACGUAAGCAUCAUGAUCAUAAAUCUGCUAACUUAGCAGAUGAUGGUGAAGCUCAUCACAAUAUAUCUUCAUCUGCUUCUAGAUCCAGAUCACCAGAAAACAAUAAAAAGCACAAGAAAAAGAGCAGGAAGGAGUCCAGAAGUCCAAGUGUAGAAAUCAUCAGUGUACAUCACAAGGACAAGUCCAAAAAGAAACACAAAAAGCACAAGCAUAAACAUAAAAGUUCCCACAAGCACCAUAACAAGACUGUUGCUAGUACUGUUGUUGUGGCAGAACCUACUGACAUCAUUCGAAGUGAAAAAACAACACCAGAAACAUCCUCACAAAAUUCUUCCACUUGCGCCACUACGUCAUCCGAAGCAAGUUUGUCUACCAGAUCAUUUACUGAUGCUCUGUCUGGUAUCUGUGAUACAUUGACACCAGUUGAGAUUGCAACCAGUAUUGCUAAAAAGACAACUGGAAUAGAAGGCAGUUUAGUUAGUACCACAGAUGAAGUCCUAGAUUUAACUUCAGUCAAUCCAGAGGAAUUGGAUGAUGACAUUUUAGAUGUGGUAUCCACAAUAGAUGCUGCAGGUUCCAUUGAAGCUACAAAUCUUUCUCUACAGUCUUUGGAAGAACAAAAUGGUGCAAUGUCUUUCAAAAAACAUCCCUCAGGUCAUAAAAGGUCGCAUACAAGAAGGAUUUCAGAAACAAACACAUCUCUUUCAUUACCUCUGCCUGAUGUGAUGAUGCAUGGUGAUCCAUUAUUUAGUCAUGGUGCAGGAUCUGUUUUGUAUUCCAAUGUUUUGGAGAGUUUUCAGUGUGCCUUUUCUGGUUAUAACCCACACGCGUGGUACAGACAACCACCACACUACACCAGUGCUCUUUCAAAUAAUAAACCGUUAAAUCUUGGUCUUCGACCAUCCUCAACAACCCAAUCAAAUCCUUUAAAUUUAGCAAAUACAAUUUUAGAUCGUGACUCUGUCCCACUGGACCUAACACAAGUUCAGCAGGCAGAUAGUACAAAACCUAAUAAUAUGGAUCUGACCCUGUCAAGUAGUGGCAAUGAAGAAACAGAUACAGAAAUCGUGUCUCCUGUUUUGGAUGUUGUAAGUUUUGAUAAAGAAGGUACCGGGAAUCUCCCACAAUCUUCCACUGCAGAGAAACGAGGUAGUCCACCUGAUGAUGCUGUAAUAAAUGUCAUAGAUUUAUCCCCAACUGAAAUACAAAGUUCUGACUCAGAGCAAAUGGUACAUUCAUCUCAUGAUACCAUCAACAGCUCCAAGUCUGAAACAGAUAAUGUUAUUGAAUUGGACUUAAGCAAAAAAAGUAACGAUUAUGAUGACUCCGAUGCUGAGACCGACAUUUAUAGACUUGAUAAUUCACAGUCAGAUAUCGAUGUUAAUAUUCUUUCAGAUCAGCAAAUUUCGGACGAAGAUCCCGAAAUUCGUUCUUCGACAAGUAUGUUAAAUUGCAAUUCUAUUAAUGCACAAAGUUCGCCAGAAGUUCAUAUAUCGGACAAAAAAGAUGACAUUCUUUUAGCAAAGUGUCCAGUAUUGAAAAAAAAUGGAGUGAAAACAGAUACAGAUAUGUUAGAAAUAAACAUGAAACGAAUAACGAACAAUUAUAAUCACUUUGACAACAAUUUAAGGACAAACAAUGUUGUAAAUAAUGUCACAUAUUCAAAAACAACAACAACUAUCAAUUCAAAUAGUAAACCAUCAUCAACAAGUGCAUUUAAAGACUGUAACCUAGCGUUACCAAUUUAUUUAGAAUACCCCAAUGUUACAUCAUCUUUACAUCAUGUAAAAAAACCCAACGAUUAUGGAUUUAUUGGCUCAUCUUUAAAUCUAAAACCUUUCGCAAAACAGCUUCAAGAUUCCAAUGUGUACAGUAAUGGAGUUUCUGAUUCGUGUGAUUUAAAGAUAUCCACAGAAACACAAAAGUUAGACAAAGUGACACCAAGUAAAUUACUGAAGUGCACAGGUGAUUCAUCAAGUGAUAUUAAACUUCUUUCAAAUGAUUUACGAUUAGGUGAAACCAAACCUGUGUCAAGUGAAUUACAAUCCAGAGAUUACAAAUCUAUGGGAAGUGAAUUACAAACUAGCCAGUAUGAAAGUAUAAGUAGUAGCUUCAGAUCAGCAUCAAAUGCAUUUUACUCAAGUGAUCUAAAUGCUAGUAAUUUCAAAACACAAAGUGAAUUAAAAUUUAGCGAUCACAAAUCUUCAAAACGUGAAUUACAUUCUAAUGACAUAAAAAAAACAAGUGAAUUACAAUCUUACAAUGGUGAUCAACCAUCUACAAGUCAAUUGCAAACAAAUUCAAAUGAGUUCAAUCCAUCAGUACUAACCAAUGAAUCGGAAUCAACUUCGUAUGAAUCGGAUAUUUUAACUAAUACCGCAAAUAAUUUUAAGAAUUCAUACAACACUCAGUUUUGUGAUGUAUCGAAAUCAUUGAUUAACACGACGGAACUUUCUAAUACUGAUAGUGUGACGCCCUCUAAUGACACUCCAGCAUCUAAAUUUCCAAUAUUUUGGAAGAAGAAGGCUACAUCUCUUGUUGAUUCAUCAUGGAGAGAAGACGUAUCAGCUGAAGAAAGUACAGAAAGCGAAUCAGAAAGUAAUAUUGACGAUAGUGAUGAAAUUGACCCAGUAGAUUGAAUAUUAAUAUCAUUAAUUAUGACUGGGACCUUAAAAUAUUUUUGUUUUAUGUUUUCUUGAAUUAGGCCCCAGAAUGACCGGAGACCUUUAUCAGAUUCAGUUGCUUAUUUGAUCGGCAUAAGCACACUUAAAACUAGUUGAAGGCAUUGCUCCUAAUUACAAAGUCGACACAAGUCCUGCUUAAUUCUUUAAAAUUUAUGCUAUAAUUUGAAAUAAGUUCAAUUAAGUUUUUUUUAAUUAAAAUAGAUGAUUAAAUUGGAUUGAUCUGAUGUAUUAUUACAAGCUCCUUUUGUUUUAAAGUACUGUACGAUAUUAAACAUCAAUACAUUAAAGAUACAUUAUGUAAGAUUUAGAUAAAGAGCUAGCCAUUCUUGCUAUAAUAGUUCGAACAUAGUUAAUGUAAAAUGAAUAAUUUGAAAAUUUCAUUCAAAUUACUCUAUUACGAGCGAAGAUAUUAGCCUUUGAAGGUUUGGCAAGACGUGUGCAAUAAUUUCAACCACUGUACUGGUUGUUCAAAGCUAAGUCUCACUCCUCCAUUUUUAGCUUAAAUCAAAAUAUGGCUGAACUGUUCUAAUCUAUUUAAUAUCGGAGAAAUCUAAUAGCAUCGAGAGUUGAUUAUGGACUGGAUAAGUUAAUUAAUGUCUAAUUAAUAAUUUAGAAAUCAUUUCAGGCCUAAAGACAGACCUGCAAUAGGCAGAUUUCGCUCUUGCAUAAUGUAUGUUUAAGUUUACCAAACUGACUCUAGUACAGUGUAUGUGGAAUAACUAUUACUGGGUUAUUAACAUUAUCUGUAUCAUGCUGAGUGGAUAUUUACAUAGGGAUUACCUACAUACAUGUAUCUAUCUGUAUUAAUAUUUGCGGCUGUCAUUUGUUUGUCUGUCCAGGGUUGGCGGCUACACUAGGGUUGUCCCAAGGCUAAAA